UUUUCUUUUAAUUUGAAUGUAAAAUAGGUAUUUAUUUAUGUGGUAUUAAUAUUGUGAAUAUGAUGACUUCGUCAAAUUGUUAUCACACAAUUCACAUUGAACUAAUAAUUUAAAAACUCAUGACAGAUAAGAAUUUUGUUUAUUCAUGUUUACUGAAUAAGCAUCUUAUAAUAAUACAUAGUCUCAAUUGUUAGUAAGGAAAACUUAGAAAAAAUGCAAUUUUUAAAGAGUUCGUGUAUAAGAAAAACCUUUUCAGACACUUAUCGUUUAGUUAGUAAUAGCGUUCCUGAGUUACGAAUUUAUGAAGUGGGGCCAAGAGAUGGACUUCAAAAUGAAUCAAAAUUUGUACCUACAGACAUUAAAAUCGAGCUCAUUCAUAAACUUGCUGCAGCCGGUAUUAAACAUAUUGAAUCAGCAAGCUUCGUCAGUCCAAAGUGGGUUAAACAAAUGAGUGAUGGGAAAGAGGUUAUGACUAAUCUGAAAAGAUCUCCUGGUGUCAAUUACCCAGUUCUUAUACCAAACCUAAAAGGUUAUGAAGCUGCAAAAAAAUGCAAUAUUGAAGAAAUUGCAAUAUUCCCUGCUGGUUCAGAAGGAUUUUCUCAAAAAAACCUAAAUUGCUCAGUGGAGGAAGGUCUCAAGAGAUUUAAACUGGUUGCCGAUCAAGCCGUCCGGGAUGGAGUGAGAGUGAGAGGUUAUAUUUCCUGUGUCGUUGGGUGUCCCUAUGAGGGAUCAGUUAGCCCUAAAGCAAUUGCAAAGAUAACAGAGGAACUGUUUGCAAUGGGUUGCUAUGAAGUAUCAUUGGGUGACACAAUAGGUGUCGGUACUGCAGGCUCGGUGCGUAGGUUAAUGCAAGAGGUCCUGGCUGUGACCACUCCUGACAAACUGGCUCUUCAUUUUCAUGACACAUAUGGACAAGGAUUGUCAAAUUUAGUGGCAGGUUUAGAGUUUGGGAUUAAGACAGUAGAUUCGGCAAUCUCAGGACUAGGUGGGUGCCCGUAUGCAAGGGAAGCAAGCGGAAACCUUGCGACAGAAGACCUUGUGUAUUUCCUUUACGGCCUCGGAGUUAAUACGAACGUAGACCUUGUUAAGCUCGUCGAAGCCGGUCGUUUCAUAUCAAACUUCCUCGCAAAACCUACAGAUUCUAAAGUAAACCGUGCCAUAGGUGACAAGUUUAAACAUCAUCAAGAUAUUAUUAAAAUGGCCGCAUGUACGAUUUAACACAAACAACAAAGUUCAAUGUGUAAACAAAAUGAUAAUUAUAUGUAAAUAUUGACUGUAGUCUGUAUAAAGUUUAAUAAAUGUUUUAUUCUUA